AUGAUCGUGGUACCAUUGUCACCUCGUUCUCACUGUCUACAGAGUUUAAGUUCUUGUCGCCGGCUUCAUAAAGGUUCAGUUUUGCGUUCUGAGGCUGGUAUUUCCAAUCCAGCUGAAUACUGCAAAGACUUGGUACGAAAACAUGACUAUGAAGGUUAUUUGACGUCCCAGCUAUAUCCUAAACGAUUUCAAGGUGGGUAUUUCGCGCUCAGAGCAUUAUAUAUCGAGCUUGCCACGGUGCGAGAAGCGGUGUCCCAGACUACCUUGGGUCAGGCUCGCCUAAUGUUCUGGAGAGAUGCCAUGAAAGAUAUUUAUAAUGAUAAGCCUCCGCGUCAUCCCAUUGCUUUCGCGAUCCAUGAAGCAACACGGGAUAACCAUUUGCCAUUAUAUCACUUUAACAGGAUAAUAGAAGCAAGGGUAAGCGAGCCGUUCACGCAACUUCAUAACCAGACACACCUUACUCUGGAGUCCAUGACAUCACAUGCAGAGUCUACUUCAUCAACCUUCCUCUAUCUUCUGUUGGCAAUGCUGAAUCUACCCUCUUCCACGCUUGCGCACGCAGCUUCGCAUAUUGGGGUAGCUCAAUCAUUGACGACCCUUCUGCGAGCUUUGCCUUUUCAUGCUAGCAAGGGCGUUAUGGUCAUACCCGCGGAGAUCACUGCCAAGCAUAAUGUCAAUCAGCAAGAAAUUUUCAGCAAGGGGGAAUCGUCCCACGGGCUAGAGGAUGCGGUGUUUGAACUUGCGACUGUCGCAAAUGAUCAUUUAUUCACCGCACGCGACAUGUUCAAGGAGUCCGGGGGCAGGGUCCCACCAGACGCCAUGCCUGUGUUUUCCGCUGCUAUACCAGUGGUGUCCAUUCUAUCAACGUUGGAAGCCGUCAAUUUCAACGUCUUUAACCCCUCCUUGCAGAUCCGAGAUUGGAGAUUAGCGUGGCAAGUCUGGAGGAGUUACUAUAAGAGGACUUUCUAA